AUGGAAGUGGCCGUUACAAUUUUAUUCGUGGCAGCUGUUUUAGCAGUAGAAGAUAUCGGUCCUUGUCCUAAAGAACAAGAUGGAAACUUUAACAUCGAACGCCUAUUACCACAUAGUGAAUGCAACAAGUUUUACAAAUGUAUUCAAGGCGAGCCCGUAGAAAUGUUUUGCGCUGACGGACUUUUCUUCAACUCAAUCUUUCGAUAUUGUGAUUGGGCACCCAAUGUUGAUUGCGGGGAAAGAACGGUCCCUACUGGAAAGGUACUUGCAACUAAUCAAGUAGAUGAGCAGAAACUAGAAGCAGAAAGUGAAAAUCCAGAAGCCGCUGAAAUUGAAUUUCUCGAAAAUGGUUGUCCAGUAGACCCUGUUAUACAUUGGCUUUUGCCUCACGAAAAUGACUGCUCCUUAUUCUUUUAUUGCGUUUGGGGCGAAAAGGUUCAAAGAUCGUGCCCGAAUUCCUUGCAUUUCAACAGAAAAUUGCAGGUUUGUGACUGGCCCCAAUUUGCUGAAUGUACAGUGAAUGACAUAACAGGUAUUAUAUUAUUGGUUUCGUUUCUCGCUCUCUUCGGAAUUGGAUAUGCUGAUAAUCAGUGUCCUAAAGAACAAGAAACAAAUUGGCAAAUAGAACUACUGUUAAAGCACGAGGAUUGUGAUAAGUUUUACAAAUGUACCUUGGGACAACCUAUUGAGAUGCGUUGCCCUGGUGGACUUUACUUUAAUACCGAAAUUUCACAGUGUGACUGGAAGGAUAAUGUUGAUUGUAGUGGAAGAAAUAUGUCAGAUGAUAAUAAUUUAAAACCCGAAGAAUCCGAUGAAUUAGGGACAGAUGACGAAUAUCAAAAUGAAUCGGAAGAAAUAGAUGACGCUUCCGAGAUGGUAGAAGAUUCAGAGGAAAAGGACACUGAUUUAGGAGGUGAUAUAAAUUCUUCCCAAGAAAAGCCUGAAUUAUCAGAAUUGGAAUUCUUAGAAAACGGAUGUCCAGUCAACCCACAAAUACAUUGGCUCUUACCUCAUGAAGAUGAUUGUAAUCUAUUCUACUACUGUGUUUUUGGAGAGAAGGAACAAAGAAACUGCCCAAGUUCGCUUCAUUUUAACAAACAAUCACAGGUGUGCGACUGGCCCGAUGAAGCGGGAUGUUCAAAGUCUUUAGAGGACAAUACUUUUAUUGAACACGAAAUAAUUAAGACAAUUGAAACUGUGGUUGACAUAAAAUUGUAA